AAUCACUGGCGUUAAACCUCACACCGCAGCGGCUGCAGAUUUUACGAGUGAGAGAGGAUGGAGUAGCUCCACGGGUCCAGCGUGUUUGGAGACGGGAUGGAGGAAAAGGAAACCUGACUUCAUUUUUAUUUGAUCCUGAACCCUCCGCAGAUGCAACCUGUCUUUCAUCCCGGGUUUAUUGCAGCGUUUCCUCUCAGGCAGAGGGGACUACAAUGACAACCUGGUGAAUGCUGUCGGGAUGGAGUGAAAAACAUCCCGCACGACGCAGGAUGCCCAUCCACAUUCCGGCAGGGAUCAGGGCAGAGAUCCCCGGCUGCUCUUCUGGUGGCGCAUGUCAGAGAUUUGAUCGUUCCCUUCACCACCCUCCUGCUGCCGGUGUCGGUGUAUAAUGGAGAGCUCCAAUGGCUCUGACUCCAAGCCGCAGAGCCAACAGUUGGAGAAGAAGAGGCUGAACCGAGCGCCGUCACCGGCCAGACCGUUCCUCAAAGAUGUUCACUCCCGCUCCACCAAACCACCUGGCCUCUUACCCAAAUCCCCCAAACUUAGCAAGCAGCAGUGCGCUACAGUGUCCUUAGCCCAUCCGAACCGCAGCUCCAGACGUAACAUAUCCGGGGCCAAAGAGAAACCAGCUACGGUCAAAAGUGGACCCAAGUCUGCAGUCGCUAAAAAGCCCACAAAGGUGCCUCAGCAUGCAGCAGCUGAGCCCAAAUCCGUCAGCAGCAGACCGGACACCAGCAGUCCGGUCAUCACCAAAGGCAAGAAGGCUAAAGCAGCCUCGGGCUCUCCGGGCCCUCACAACCCAUCCCCGAUCCGGGUGCCGACCGGUGCGCCUCUUGGCCAGGUCAGUCAGACCGACAGCAGCUCCGACCUGUCGGACUGCCCAUCCGAACCGCUGUCUGAUGAGCAGAAGCUGGCACCGGCCGCCAGCAGCGACGCCGAGUCCGGUACUGGCUCCAGUGACCGGGACCAGCUGGUAGAUACGAGCGGGGCGACAGCUGCAGCUCCGCGGCGCACAGGCGACGCUUCCGCCGCCAAGGGAAGCAUGUCUCAGGCUCAGCCCGCUCCGGGACACCAGGGAGGGAAACACAAAGCAGAGAAAUCCUCCACAAGCGCACAAUUACACCCGUCAGACUCCAAGGCUGCAACCGAGGACGAUCUGCUACGGGAAAUAGAAGAUCUGAGAUCCGAAAACGACUACCUCAAGGAUGAAGUGGACGAGCUGCGAGCAGAGAUGGAGGAGGUGCGAGACAGCUACCUGGAGGAGGAGGUGUACCAGCUGCAGGAGUUACGGAGAGAACUGGACCGGGCCAAUAAGAACUGCCGCAUCCUACAGUAUCGCCUGAGAAAGGCAGAGCAGAAGAGCCUGCGGGUCGCUCAGACGGGCCACGUGGAUGGAGAGCUGCUGCGUAGUCUGGAGCAGGAUUUGAAGGUCGCCAAGGACGUGUCGGUGCGAUUGCACAACGAGCUGGAGAGCACAGAGGACAAGCGCAGCCGAGCGGAGGACGAGAACGAGGUGCUCAGACAAAAGAUCAUCGAGGUAGAGAUCUCCAAACAGGCGCUGCACAACGAGCUGGAGAGGAUCAAAGAGACUAUGCUGAAACGACGAGGGAGCAGGGAAGCUUUCAAAGACAAGAAAUCCACCAGUCAGGAGGACAGUGCAGACCUGCGGUGCCAGCUCCAGUUUGCCAAAGAGGAGUCCAACCUGAUGAGGAAGAAGAUGGCGAAGCUGGGUCGUGAGAAGGAUGAACUUGAGCGGGAGCUGCAGAAGUACAAAUCCAUUUAUGGCGACAUUGACAGUCCCCUUCCUCUGACCGAGUGCUCUGGAGGUGGUCCUCACACAACACGAGAGGCCGAGCUGCGUCUGCGCCUCAAGCUGGUGGAAGAGGAGGCCAAUAUUCUGGGGAGAAAGAUCGUGGAGCUGGAGGUGGAGAACCGCAGUUUACGAGCAGAAAAUGAAGACAUUCGCAGUCAGUAUGAAAGGGAUUGUUUUGGACGGGAGCCUUUCUCCAGCAUGCCCUCGUCGCCGUACGGCGGUGAUCCACUGGAGUCGGCCGGUGAGCUGCGUCGUCAUCUCCAGUUUGUUGAAGAGGAGGCUGAGCUGCUACGUCGAUCCAUCUCAGAGAUUGAGGACCACAACAGGCAGCUAACAUCUGAGCUCAAUCGCUUCAAGUUUGGCCCCAGCAGCAGCAGCAGCAGCUCUGAGCCUGUUGGUGAGGAAGCCUGCGAGGGUGUCUUGUUUAAACCUCCCAAUGGGGGGGGCGGUAAUGGCUCCAGCACUGGGUUGCUGAUGGAGGAGCUCAAAUCUGCCAGGAUGCAAAUCAAUGAGCUGAGUGGAAAAGUGAUGAAGCUGCAGUAUGAGAACCGUGUCCUCAUGUCCAACGUCCAGCGCUGUGAUCUGGCUGCGCACCUCGGCCUUCGCACCGGUAGUCCUCAAGACAGUGACGCAGAAAGUGAUGCUGGCCGGCGAGAAGCUACUGAGGAAGAGGAAGCUGGGCGACUUCUUCUCCUUCAGCCCAAGAGAGAAGGCCCUGUUGGUGGGGAGAGUGACUCUGAAGACCUGUUUGAGAAAACCGGAACCACCUCAGGGUUGGGAAGCACCAAACCCGCAGACGGCAGUGAGCUCACUGCUACUGAACUAGCUAAUCGUAGAAGGGAGGAGAGGGAAUCACUUGCUAACGUGAAGCGAGAGGCUGACCGUCUCGGGAAGACGGUUGACCGUCUGAUCACCGACACGGACAGUUUGAUCUUUGAGGGGAGGCUUCUGGUAACAACGGGGGAGAGUCUUGAAGGUGGGGCAACAUCUGGUUUCAAACCAGACUCUCAGGUCCUGGACACCAUCAACACGCGCAUGAAGGCUUUCCGUACUGAGCUGCACAUCUUCACAGAGAAACUGGAGCACAUAGGAGAGGGCCUGAGAGAAAGGACAGAUGACCUUUCACCUAUGCCGAACCUCACAGAGUCCAGCAGCUUCCUGUCUACAGUCACAUCCAUGUCACGCGAUUCUCCCAUCGGCACCUUUCGAAGAGAUCUGGUCACAGAUUUUCAGUCCGUUCAGAGGGAUGAGCUGGAGUGGCGACUAGGACAGGAGCGAGGCGUGGAGCCCCAGAUCCAGACCCAGUGUGGGGGCCAAGCCCUGAGCAGGGGAGCCACAGGACUCACUAUGUACCACAGGCCCCUGGCUUUAAGAACAGAGCACCGGGACUCGGCUGCUUCUGAUGUUCUGUUUCGUCUGGAUUAUGAACGAAGGACGAGAGCUGCAACAGAGGAGCGGGAAGCUGUCAGCACUUUGCCUCAGGAAGAUUGUCGUUUGCACCUGGAGGUGCAGCGUGAAGGUCUGGAGCUUCAGGGUCUCCAGAGUCACGAGGUGCCCUGGACUCAGGAGAGAACCAUGCUGCAGCAGGAGGUCCGCCUGUUCAGACGCAACACCAUCAUCUUCUACAUGAAGCUCAGGGGAAUCCUCAUGCGCUGGAGGCUCGGCCGUAAGGACAACUUGGGAGACGAGUUGGAGAAGUUGGAGGCCUUCCCAGAACUGGGAGUGAUGGUGGAACAGGUGGAGGGAGAGCCAGAGCGAGACGACAGACUGUGUUUACCACAAACUGCAGGGGACGCCCCCGAUAUCGAACCCAGCAUUCCUCUGCUGUCACCUGACCGACACCUGCAGAACCAGAGACAGUUUGGUGAGAACCGGCAUGUGCUUCAGGCCCUGCGGUCGCUGCUGGAGGAGUUCCGAGAGGAGCUGCAGGAGGAGCAGACAACAAGAUGCCAACUGCAGCAAGCGUACGCCAAUGACAAAGCUGCCUGGGAGGUCAAGUGGGCAGAGAUGAAGAGCCAGGUUGCUCAGCACCUGGAGGAGCAGGAGGAAGAGGAGGCCCAAGGAGGUGAAGGGGAGCCCCUCGGAGAGCCUGAGUGGGCCCUGAAGCAGGAACGCGAGGAGAACCGGCGCCUGCUGGCGGAGAGCCACGGCGAGUCACUGGAGCUUCGCUGGAAGCUGCAGCACGGAGAGAAGAGGUGGAGCCGGGAGAGGGCCGAGCUCCUGGAACGCUUCGAUUGGGAACGCCAGGAGUGGGACAGAAGCAUGAAGGAGCUCCAGCGCCAGAUGGAGAGGAUGCAGAGGGAGCUGAACGCCAGAAGAGGCGAAGGCACAGACAUCAAAGACGGCGGAGUUUCGGCCCAUAGGGGGAUGUUCUCACCUCAGGAUAGUCCAUUCAGCGCCCCGCGCUCUCCUCGUGCUCCCAGAUCCCCCUGUGCAUUCACGCCUGUUCCCCCCACGCGCUCCCACUCAGACUCAGAGGCCUUGCUGGAGGAGCAGGGGGCUGCCAUGAGGCUGAAAGGACCGACAGAGAACCUGUUCCUGGACGCCCUGUCUCUGGACCCCCUCUGUGGUCUUGAAGCCCCGCUCCCUUCAAGACUAGAGAGUGAGAAGAAGUUCCCCUGCAUGAAGGAGGCUCUGAAUGAGAUCUCAGAGAGCGAAGAAGCUCCUGUUCACCCAGAAGACGAGAUGAGAGAAGGUGGAAGUCUCCUCAGGGCCAAGUCUGUGUGCUCCAUGAGUGACUUCCAGAGGUUGAUGGACAGUUCGCCGUUCCUUCCCGACAAAACGCGCCCCGGCGAUCGCAUCCGAGAUGACAUCACCCCCCCUCUUUCUCCUGACGACCUCAAGUACAUUGAGGAGUUCAACAAAAAGGGCUGGGAUUUCCCAUCAGCCACCUCUGGCACACGUCCGCUCCGAGAAGGGGAGCCGGGUCCCGACCCAUUCCAGCCAACCUCCUGGUUCUUCACCACCAGCGCCACUCUGACCACCAGCACCCUGAGCAGCCCUGAGCACUGCCACAAGUCCCCGCUCAGGAGCAACGGGGCUGGGGUAGGGAUGGAGCACUACGGAGUCCACAUCCUCCACAGUCCCACGAGAACCGGGACAGCUGAGCGAGCCUCCGUCCCGGACCCAGACUUGUUGUACUCCAAAGGGAGCAGGGCCAGGACCGAAGGAGAGGCUGGGAUGGGGGCCAGUGGAUCGGACGAGGUGCUCGGCAGUGCGAGGUGGCCCUGUCUCCUGGAGGGUGGGGGACUCAGGACUUCUCCUAGACAGUCCCCCAUCUGCUCCACGGUGGGCUACGCAUCCUCUUUGGAGCUCCAGCUUCACAGGAACAUGAGCGACGAUAUGAAGGAGGUGGCCAUCUCUGUGAGGAACGCCAUUCGCUCCCCUCCUGGACCCGUGUUCCGCGACACCGCCUGUCAGACCAAUGGGGUCACCACACGGGGAACUCAGACCACCCAGACCAUCAGCGUGGGUCUGCAGACGGAUCUGCUGCGGAACCUGACCAGCAGCCCUCACCGCUGCCUCACCCCAAAAGGUGGAAACACCCCCAUCUCCUCCCCUUCCCGCAGCACCAGGAAGGUCCAGUACUCUCCGGUGGUCCAGAGCAAGUUCGAGAGACCCUGCUGCUCGCCAAAAUUUGGUUCCCCGAAGCUUCAGCGCAAACUGUCCACAUCCAAUAAAACCGAGGUACCCAACAACAGCCGCACGCCGCCCCCCACCACGCCGCAGAAGGGCAACAGUGAGUCGGCGUGGGCCCGCUCCACCACCACCAGGGACAGCCCCGUCCACACCACCAUCAACGACGGCCUGUCCAGCCUCUUCAACAUCAUCGACCACACGCCUGUGGUCUUCGACAAGUUCAACAAGUCCCCCAGCCGCUCCCGCCCCACGCCGCCUCCCACCGCUGAGCCCAGCCCCGCCCACCAUGGGAGUCUCCCCUCGGACCCCAGGAACUCACAGGACAACCUGCGACCUACUCGAGGGCGCUCGCCGAGCCCCGUGCAUCUGAUAGUGGAGACUCAGGGGGACAAGAACCCGGAGGUGGUGAGCAUCCGUCAGGAUCUGUCCACCCCACCCGGGUACUCGCUGGCAGAGAACGCCGCCCGCAUUCUCAACAAAAAGCUGCAGGAGCAGAACUUCAAGGAAGAGCGAAGGCUGCAGGCUGGAGGACCGAGCAUCCAUGGCAGAGACGGCGGCAGGCAGGCCGACUCGGACAGAGGACAGACUGGAUGCAUGGAGAACCACACUGUCAUACUAACUACUCCUUGGGGACUCUAACCCUGCUUGUCUCCGUGAUGACCUGCCCCGGUCUCCAGUGGCUCCACCUUUGGACUCCUGCUUUCUGAGACCGGCUCGCCCAGCCAACCGCCGACCCCCAUCCCGCUGGGCCGCCCGCUCCCCUUCCUCCUCCCCCAAGUGGAGCGAGGCCACAAAGAGGAGGUUCACCUUUCCGCCACCGGGACACCGGAAACCCAUCCUGGAGGGCGAGGAACCUGCUUAAAGCUCUGUCUCGUCCUCCUCUUCCUCCUCCUCCGUCUCAGCCUGAAAGGACCCAGUACCUCAGAAACCCCCCAGAACUGCAGACUAAUACAGAGCCCUAAAUAGGGGGGGGGGGGGGAAUCCAUCAAGUAGCACCAGCUGAGAAACCAGAACUUCUUCUGGAACGUACUGUAAUCUCAUCCCUGAGAGGUGCCUGUAAUCCCGAGUUCUCCAUCACCCCGCAUGUGUUUCGUCUCAUCACACACUUAUAUUUUAGUCACAACCUAAAGUCAGGUAAAAACUGUAGAUCAGCUGGAACAUUUACAUGAAUUUAAUGUAUUUUUUUACACAUUUUUCUGCUUUGUUCUUUCUUGUAGGUGGAAAUGUGGUUUUAUUUGACUUUUUUAGAACAUUUUUUUAUUGUUUAACCAGCUAUUUUAUUUAUGUUUAGGUUAAAAUUAAAGAAGUCCUGCUCCGAAGCGGAGCCUCACGAUGUCACUUCUGAUGCUAAACUUCAUGUCUACGUCCAACACGAAUGUGUGUUGAUGAUAAAUGGGCGCCACCACCCUGAGGAACCUUAUGCACAUCUGAAGGCAGAUAAAGAGUGAAAUAUUUGCAUGCCUUUUAAACACUAGCACUUUAGUGCAUGUACAUAUAAGCUGUAGUCAUUCGUGGUCACUGAAGGGAACUCGUCUCAGAGGAGCUGCCGUUUUGUUCUCACAUGAUUUGCAUCAACUAAAAUAUCCGUUUUAGGUAAAUUGUUGUACCUACUGGGCCGUCUUUGUUACUGUUGGAUCAUUUUGGACAAGAAAACCAGAUUGUGGAAACAAAAAUAUGAAUGUUUUAAAUGGAAUGUCUAUGUCAAAAUGUCUAAUAACCUGUAGUCUUAAAUAUUAAAUGGUAAUAAAGAUGAAUGUGUAUUUACAA